ACCUAGCGUCCGUGGACAGCUGCUUUCCUGUGUCAUGUAGAGCCUCAUGUAUAACCUCUACAUGGUUUUACUUGUUUAAAAUGGAACUUUGUUCGACGGCUUCGGACAAAACAUGGAGCAGUAUGAGCAGGUCCUGUGUUUGGGCCAUGGAGGAGCAGCAGACGUGUUCCUGAUGAGGCAUGUGGAGCGGAAGAGCCUGCACGCAGUGAAGAGGGUGAAAGUGGAGAAGACGAGAGCGACAAAAACCCAGAGGGCUGUUCUCCAAGAGGCUGACAUCAUCAGGAAGCUGGAGCACCCUCACAUAGUGACAUGCAGCGACGCCUUUGUGAGCUCUGACGGUGGAUUCAUUUACAUUGUGAUGACUUACUGUGAUGCUGGGACGUUAGACGACAAAGUAAAAGAGAGGAAACCAGGGGAGUUUUUCACAGAGGACACUGUGAUGGGGUGGUUUGUGCAGGUGACUACAGCUGUAAAUUUUAUACACAUGGCUAAAAUACUACACAGGGACAUCAAAACCUCAAAUGUACUGCUGACAAAGCAAGGUGUGGUAAAGUUAGGGGACUUCGGGAUAUCCAGAGUACUGACCAACACAGCUGAUCUGGCCUCCACAUGUGUCGGGACGCCCAGCUACCUCAGUCCUGAGCUCUGUCAGGAUGUCCCCUACAGGGUCAAGUCCGAUAUCUGGGCUCUCGGCUGUCUGCUGUACGAGCUCUGUGCUCUCAGGCCUCCAUUUGCAGCCUCAAACCUCAUGAGUCUGUUAUACAAGAUCACCAGAGGGGAGUAUGACCCCGUGCCUGACGUGUUCUCAGAUGACAUCUCCUCUUUGAUAAAAAGGAUGCUCAGCCUCGACCCAGAAAACAGGCCGAGUGCUGCCUGUGUACUUAGCAGCGCCUAUGUGCAGAUUCACCAAGAGAACAUCAAAGACACAGAGACUGACCCUGCUCCCGUGGGGAAGAGCUGUGACAUUAAUACAGGAGGGAAAAACUCCUCACUUGGGUCACAGGUCCUCAGCCAAUCACUCUUAUGGGAAGAGAAAGAACACACUAUCAGUGAUGAGGAGGCGGAUUGUGAUGAUUUGUGUGUCGAAGGAAAGAACCACUGUGACUGCCACUAUCCUGAGGACUUUGACGAAGAUGAUAGUUUGUCCUCUGUAGAAGACUGCAGCGGAGACUCAGCGUCUCUGAUGAGGAGCGAUUCUGCCGAGCCCACUGGGCUUAACAAGGUGCGACCUCCUCUGUCCUAAACCCCAAACAAGAGUAAAGAAAAACUACCAAAAAACAACAAAUAACAGGUGGAGAAAAACGUAGACGGACAGAAGCACAAUAGAUGCCGCGUGUAGCUGAACACAUAAAAAGAAAUUACAAUAUUUACAACAUUGAUUUGCAGGUGUGUCAAUGUUUAAAGUAUUUACAUGAGAAAAUGUCAGAUGGAAAUGAAGGGAGCAGCAAUGACAAUUGAAAUGGAGGAGUUAUACACAGUAAUGGUAGAAUAUGUGAGGAGCAAUAUUGUAUAUCAAGCAGUUUUUACCUCUUAUAUUGGUGAAAUGUAGACUAGAUACUUGAUUAAACUGUGAUUCACAUUUUUAAACAACUAUAGAUCUUUGUAUUAUAAAGAUGACUAAGAGUUUGCUAUGGCACUGCAGAAUUUAGAUAGUAAUCAGCAAAAAUGAUCUCAUUGUGAGAUCAUUUUUGCUGAUUAAUCAUUUAAGGUUUUGUUCACAUUUUGAGAUUUUAAGAUUUUCUUACAAGCACCAAAAGUGGCAUACAAGACAAGUUCAGUGUACUGGUUAUAGUCAGGAAAGUGUAAAAAGGUUCUUAAAAACAUGUAUCCCAUCAUAACAAGCACUGAUUCAAUUUGUUUUUACAUUUUUCUACGACUGUUGGUUGGACAAAAUCUGCUAUAAAGUUUCUAACUUGUUGAAACUAAACCGACAGUUCUCUGGCCUAAUGAGGUUUUAUUUGAAAACAAAAAAAAACUUGUUGAGUCAUCAUAGUCUGAUUUAGCAUCACACAGUAUCAAUCAUUACAAAAUUAUAUAAAAUGUAUUGUAUCACAAAGAGCCCCUAAGGUCCUGACAGGGUAACGUUUAUUUUUUUAUCCUUAUCACAAGAUAAUAACUUGUUCAAACAAGAUAAAUAACUUUGUUUCAAGGUAAUAAUAAAACUUGAUUUGCUGAGUUCUCUCCAUCACAGUAACUGUGUGCAUCUGAAGUUGCAUAUACAUUUCUAGUAAAAUAUAUUGUGUGCAAAAGAUAAAAAAUAUCCCCAUUUGGGACUUAAGGGGCUCUGUAGUAUCCGUGUGAAGCUCAGCAAGCCUAUUUAUUCUUUUGUCUGUGAACUAUUUUAUUCACCUUUGUGCCCUUUCAUCAACAUUUGGUAGUUUUACAAUAAGUUCUUCUAAAAACGGUUUUAUGAUCAACCACAAAAGCCUUCAGUCUUGGUAUCUUUUAUUCUGGUACAACAGUGGCAAUCACUCAGCAGGUUC